CCAUCCUGUUCGGCUUCUCUGUCUCCUCGCCUUCUUUGGCAGCCUGCAUGUGGCCGCCACAUCCAACGAGAGGGAAAACGACCAGCAAGCACUCCUGUGCUUCAAGUCCCAGCUUUCCGGUACAGUCGGCACUCUCUCCUCAUGGAGCAGCAACACAUCCAUGGAGUUCUGCAGCUGGCACGGGGUCAGCUGCAGCGAGCAUUCACCUCGCCGUGUGAUCGCGCUGGACCUCGCAUCAGAAGGCAUCACAGGUACCAUACCACCCUGCAUCGCCAAUCUCACCUCUCUCACAAGGCUGCAGCUGGCAAACAACAGCUUCCGCGGCAGCAUACCGCCGGAGCUCGGACUCCUCAGCCAGCUCCGCAUCCUGAACCUGAGCAUGAACUCUCUAGAAGGCACCAUCCCUUCCGAACUCUCUUCGUGUUCCCAGCUUCAGGCCCUUGGACUGUGGAACAACUCCCUUCGCGGCGAGGUACCACCUGCCCUAGGCCAGUGCGUCCAGCUCGAGGAGAUCGACCUCAGCAACAACGAUCUAGAAGGGAGCAUCCCCUCCCGUUUCGGGGCUCUUCCAGAGUUGCGGACACUCGUCCUCGCUGGCAACAGGCUCAGUGGCGCCAUACCUCCCUCGUUGGGCCGCAGCAGCCUCUCCCUCACGCACGUUGACCUUGGGGCAAACGCUCUCACCGGCGGGAUUCCGGAGUCCCUGGCCGGCAGCUCGUCUCUCCAGGUGCUUAGGCUCAUGAGGAACAGCCUCGGUGGAGAACUGCCACGGGCUCUCUUCAACACAUCAUCGCUCAUCGCCAUCUGCCUCCAGGAAAACAAGUUUGUUGGCCCUAUACCACCUGCCACUGCCGUCGUCUCUCCCCCGGUAAAACACCUUCACCUGGGAGGGAACUUUCUCUCCGGAACGAUACCGGCCUCGCUGGGGAACCUUUCUUCCCUGCUUGACCUUCGUCUUACUCGGAACAGGUUGCAUGGGAGAAUCCCAGAGAGCAUAGGCUAUCUGCCAGCGCUAAGUUUACUGAACCUGAAUCUGAACAACCUGUCUGGGCCAGUGCCACUCUCCCUGUUCAACAUGUCCUCCCUGAGAGCUCUCGCUAUGGGGAACAACUCGCUCAGCGGGAGACUGCCGUCAGGCAUCGGCUACACGCUACCGAGAAUUCAGAUCCUCAUCCUCCCGUCCAACAGGUUUGACGGUCCAAUUCCAGCUUCUCUCCUCCAUGCUCACCACAUGCAGUGGCUCUACCUCGGACAGAACAGCCUAACCGGGCCUGUGCCGUUCUUCGGAACGCUGCCGAAUCUGGAAGAACUCCAAGUGUCGUAUAACCUGCUGGACGCGGGGGACUGGGGCUUCGUCUCUUCGCUGUCAGGUUGCUCUAGACUGACUAGGCUCUACCUGGCCGGGAACAGUUUCCGAGGGGAGCUGCCGAGUUCUAUCGGCAAUCUUUCUAGCAGCCUCGAGAUACUGUGGCUACGGGACAACAAGAUCAGCGGGCCCAUACCGCCGGAGCUGGGAAACCUCAAGAACCUCAGCACGCUGUACAUGGAUCACAACCGCUUCACUGGUAGCAUACCGGCAGCGAUCGGGAACCUGAAAAGACUGGUGGUUCUGUCCGCUGCACGGAACAGGCUCUCAGGCACCAUCCCUGACGCGAUCGGCGACCUCGUCCAGCUGACCGAUCUGAAACUGGACGCCAACAACUUGAGUGGCAGGAUACCCGCGAGCAUAGGACGCUGUACUCAGCUCCAGAUACUCAAUCUUGCUCGUAAUGCGCUGGACGGUGGUAUACCGAGAUCGAUCCUCGAAAUAUCCUCUCUUUCUCUAGAACUUGACCUGUCGUACAACCGCCUGGCUGGGGGCAUCCCGGAUGAAAUCGGCAACCUCAUCAACUUGAACAAACUCAGCGUCUCAAACAACAUGCUGUCCGGCAGCAUCCCGUCCGCGCUCGGCCAGUGCGUGCUUCUGGAGUACCUUAAGAUGCAGAACAAUCUCUUUACAGGAAGCGUUCCACAGUCGUUUGCAGGACUGGUCGGGAUCAGAGAGCUGGAUGUCUCCAGGAACAAUCUGUCUGGGAAGAUCCCAGGGUUCCUCACGUCCCUGAACUAUCUGAACUAUCUCAAUCUAUCCUUCAACGAUUUCGACGGAGCAGUUCCGGAAGGCGGCGUUUUUGGCAACGCUAGUGCGGUGUCAAUCGAAGGAAAUGGUCGCUUGUGCGCUGCUGUUCCAACGAGAGGUGUCACCCUUUGUUCAGCGAGGGGCCAGAGCAGGCACUAUAGCUUGGUUCUAGCUGCAAAGAUAGUAACGCCAGUUGUUGUUACAAUCAUGUUGCUUUGCCUGGCGGCAAUUUUCUGGCGGAAGAGAAUGCAGGCGGCAAAACCGCAUCCGCAGCAAUCCGAUGGCGAAAUGAAGAACGUCACAUACGAAGAAAUCUUGAAGGCGACAGAUGCGUUCUCUCCUGCUAACUUGAUCAGCUCAGGCUCAUAUGGAAAGGUUUAUAAGGGUACCAUGAAGCUUCACAAAGGACCAGUGGCCAUCAAGAUUUUUAACCUCGGUAUACAUGGAGCGCAUGGGAGCUUCCUCGCAGAAUGUGAGGCUCUCAGAAACGCCCGGCACCGAAAUAUCGUAAAAGUAAUCACAGUAUGCUCUUCAGUGGAUCCUGCUGGGGCUGACUUCAAGGCCAUAGUUUUCCCAUACAUGCUGAACGGGAACCUGGACAUGUGGCUGAACCAGAAGACCCAUCAAAAUAGUCAGAGAAAGACUCUGAGCUUAAGCCAAAGAAUCAGUGUGUCACUGGAUGUAGCAAAUGCUGUGGACUAUCUCCACAACCAAUGCGCGUCGCCAUUGAUACACUGCGACCUGAAGCCAAGCAAUGUUCUUUUGGACCUUGACAUGGUGGCAUAUGUCGGCGACUUUGGCCUAGCAAGGUUUCAACGUGAUACACCAACUGCCCAUGAAGGCAGCUCGGCGAGCUUUGCUGGCCUAAAAGGAUCCAUUGGAUAUAUCCCACCAGAGUAUGGCAUGAGUGAGGGCAUAUCAACCGAGGGUGAUGUCUACAGUUUCGGAGUGCUCUUGUUGGAGAUGAUGACAGGCCGCCGUCCCACCGAUGAAAAGUUCAGUGAUGGUACAACCCUGCAUGAGUUUGUUGGUAGAGCGUUUCGAAAUAAUAAUAAUAAUAUGGACGAGGUUGUUGAUCCAGUUUUGAUACAAGGCAACGAAACCGAAGUGCUGCGUGACUGCAUAAUUCCCUUGAUUGAAAUAGGGUUGUCCUGCUCGGUGACAUCUUCCGAAGACCGACCAGGGAUGGACAGGGUUUCUACCGAGAUCCUUGCAAUCAAGAAGGUUCUCUCAAACAUACAUGAUAAAUUGAAAUAAUUAUAAAUUGUACAUGUAGUACCUAGACUUAGUGAUCUAGCUAUGGAUUGCAAAUGGGUAGUAAUGCUUUUAUACAUCUAACAUAAGAAAAUUUGCAUUCUGCAUAGCUUCUAAAAGUUGGUAUUUUGC